AUGUACUGCUGCUCUACCCGUGUGCGUCUGUGUGCAGCCUGCAGAGCGCCCCCACUGGAGGAGCUGGGUACUGCUGCUCUACCCGUGUGCGUCUGUGUGCAGCCUGCAGAGCGCCCCCACUGGAGGAGCUGGGUACUGCUGCUCUACCCGUGUGCGUCUGUGUGCAGCCUGCAGAGCGCCCCCACUGGAGGAGCUGGGUACUGCUGCUCUACCCGUGUGCGUCUGUGUGCAGCCUGCAGAGCGCCCCCACUGGAGGAGCUGGGUACUGCUGCUCUACCCGUGUGCGUCUGUGUGCAGCCUGCAGAGCGCCCCCACUGGAGGAGCUGGGUACUGCUGCUCUACCCGUGUGCGUCUGUGUGCAGCCUGCAGAGCGCCCCCACUGGAGGAGCUGGGUACUGCUGCUCUACCCGUGUGCGUCUGUGUGCAGCCUGCAGAGCGCCCCCACUGGAGGAGCUGGGUACUGCUGCUCUACCCGUGUGCGUCUGUGUGCAGCCUGCAGAGCGCCCCCACUGGAGGAGCUGGGUACUACACAUGGAUCUAUUAUGA